AUGGACCGAUUAUCAAUUUUAUCUCAUGAAGAAUUGGUUAAAUUGUGCACAUCCCAGCAAGAAGAAAUAAAAACUCUUAAUAAAAAACUCCAGCUUAAAGAACUUAAAAUAGAAUCGCUUAAGUUUAAACUCCGAAGAAGAGCAUUCAAAGAUCCAAGUGUUUUAAUGAAAGAAGCAAGAAAACUGAGAAGUGAAGUAACGAAACAAUAUGGCGAAGAAGAAAUGAGCUUUUGGAAUGUAAAUAAUAGCUACAAUGAAGUAAAUAUCCCAAAAGUCAAUCAAAGUGAAGUAUUUAAAAAUUUAUUUGUUGAAAAAAAAUUGAAACUUUCCCCAAUCAAAGAUCCUUCAGAUUUGACUUCAGUACCAAACUCAACUGCUUCAAAAACGCACAAUAAGAACAGUAAGUCUGUGGAGCUGAAAUUUUCAUCGAAAUAUGCUCGUACUCCUUUACCUUUCAUUCCUCCGAAAAGUCAUGGAAGAAGGUCUCCUAUAUAA